ACAUUCGUUGACUCAAUCGGAGACUCGAAGGUGGAGAACCGGAGAUAACUAAAAGAACGAGUAAAACCACUCAAAAUCGUCCCCCGGCUCCAAUGGAAUCAACUAAUCUUGUGUUUUUCUUCAUCGUCUGCUUCCUUCUCAAUCUCAAUUUGGCUUUCUCCGAUCCUUCAAAUGUACCUCUCGGAAUCCACCCUCUAGAUGAGAAGUACUUUGCUUCGGAGGUCAUCAAAUGCAAAGAUGGAUCCAAUUCUUUCACUAGAGAUCGUAUCAACGACGAAUUUUGCGACUGCGUUGAUGGUACCGAUGAACCAGGAACAUCAGCUUGCCCUGCUGCCAAAUUCUAUUGCAGGAAUUCAGGAAGCACUCCUAAAUUUUUAUUCUCUUCUCGUGUAAACGACCAAAUUUGUGACUGUUGUGAUGGAAGCGAUGAAUAUGAUAGCAGCAUCAUCUGUCCUAAUACAUGUAUCAUGGGUGGACAUUCCGAAUACAAGACAAUAAAUUACAAUUCCAGAAUCAAUAAAUUUGGGUCUCAUUCUCCUCACACUAAACAGAAAAAAGUUAGCCAAAUUGGUGAAGACACAAUCCAAAAACUCCAAGGUAUGAAGGCGAUGAUAAUAGUCCAAGUGAUUCUCAUCGGUUUUCUAGUCUUCCUUUGUCUGUGUCGUCAACGUGCCAAAUCUAGAAGGAGAAAUUCUCGCUAAUCAACUUAUCAAUUCACUUAUUUGAUCUUUUUUGUAAGUUAAUUCAAGAUCGAUAAAAGAACAUCUUGUGCACGUGGAGUAGCAUUGGCUCUACACAGUGGACAAUUCCCAUGAGAGAAAAGCCACAUGUCAAUACACGUUACGUGAAAAACAUGUGCACAUUCCGGCAUAAUUCUAACUUCCUCAUUUUCUUCAAACUCACCCAAACAAACCGCACAUGUUCCUUCCUUAAAAUCUUUCGAGUAUUUAUGAACGGUUAACAAGAUCGAUGAGCCACUUGAGGUUGAGGUGCUGGUUGUUGGGAACGAUGAUGAGCUGGCACUUGAGUCAAGGUCAACUCUGAGCCUUGGACGACGGUUCAUAUCUGGUGGUCUAGGUGGUGAGGUGGUGGCGGGUUCAUCGGUAUUAUUAUGGCGGCAACUGACAAAUAAGCAGUGGAUAAAAGCUACUAAAAUUGCACCUGAUAUGACACCGAGGAUUCCCAUAAAGAGGGGUGAAUCACCCAUGGAAUGGAAAUUGGGAUUUGGUUAUUUUUGAAGUUAAAUUGUUUACAUGUAAUAUUUAUGGAGGACUGAAGUUUCGUUUGACGUUGAUGCCACGGUGUAUAGGCGAGAUUAAGAUCAUAAAUUUGGAA